AACGUAGAAGAAGUAGAGACAGUCACUUCCGGGUUAAAAAAGAAAACACAUGGGCUGAAAACCUCUGAAGACAGAAGCUGCAGUCAUGACGAGCUGUGCUUUAACUGCAGGAAACCUGGUCACGGAUUGGCCGAUUGUCCGGAGGCGGAGCAGGACGAGGAGAUGGGUCGAGGCAUCUGUUACCGCUGCGGCUCCACGGAGCACGAGGUCACCAAGUGCCGAGCUAAAGUAGACCCGGCGCUGGGAGAGCACCCGUACGCUAAGUGCUUCAUCUGUGGGAAAACGGGCCACCUGUCACGUGGCUGUCCUGAUAAUCCGAAAGGACUUUAUGCACAAGGAGGGAGCUGUCGGGUUUGUGGCUCAGUGGAACAUUUUCAGAAGGACUGUCCGGAGCACCAGGCCACAAGUAACUCGCUGACACUUCCCUGGCUGUCGAACAACAUGAGCGCAGACCACGAGGACGUUCAUGUUCCCGUGAAGAAAAGCAAACCCAAACAAACCAAAGUGGUGACGUUCUGAUCAGAACACACACACUCUACGUCUGAUCAGAACACACACUCUCUACGUCUGAUCAGAACACACACACACACUCUCUACAUCUGAUCUGAACACACACACUAAAUCUCUCAAAUCUCAAUUGAAAGGACUGCUGACCGUUGACAUGCAGUGAAGACGUUCUCUUCCUGGUUCCCUUUGUGUAUAUUUUUUAAUAAAGUAUUGCUUCUGUCUCUUCA